AUGAGUAAAUUGCUAAAUAACACAAACAAGUCGCCGUUACUGUGUUCAUGCACGAGUCGGUCGACGUCGAUCAUCGCUUCGUCCGUGACACCUAAACGAGCGAGCAGCACCUCUGCUAUCUGCUGGUUUGAUAAGGCGCAUUUAUCAGCGGGCCUCGACGCGGGAGACCGACGACAUGAGAGCGGCUGCGGUCGGUUGUUGGGUAGCGUAUGCCGGAGUGGCGGACAGAGGCAGGCAUGGCAGAGUCGUCGCCGCACAUGUUGCGGAACGUGCAACGGAAGGGAGCGGGGGGCGGGAGCGCCAGGGACGGCGACGGCUCACCGCCACCGGCAUGUCUCACGCACACACCCGCAGCGCCCACACGACGCCCGCGCCCGUGGAGCGUCACUACGCCUUAUCGCAGCCAUCUUUAAACGAGCACAGUGCACGCCACCCGCCACUCGGUACGAAUUCCAUUUGAGAACGCUGUUGCUACGAUGGUCGUCGACGACCGACCGCAGCAAUCCUUUCAUUAUAAGCGACGCGAGCGGUGUGCAUCGAGUGACAGCCUGCUCCAAGGUCGUGUUAAUUACCAGUUGGAUUGGUGACAGUCAUGCUCGUUAG